AUGCCGGACCGACCCAACUUGCAGCGUACUCUGCUGCUUGCUAGCGACUGCCCCGCCAGUUGCCUCAAUGGAGUGCCUGUCAUGCUAGGAAUCGACGAGGCUGGUCGCGGUCCGGUCAUGGGUCCCAUGGUCUACGGCGCCGCGUACUGGCCUGUAGCUGUGAACGACGCUAUGUGCGCGUUGGGCUUCGACGACUCCAAGGCACUGAGCGCCGAGAGUCGAGCGCAAUUGUUCGAGAAGAUGCAGUCCACCGAGGGGCUCGGGUGGAUCGUUCGCUUGAUCUCGGCGGCUGAGAUCUCGGACAAGAUGCAGCGCCAGACAAGCAACCUAAACGAAAUGUCACGCGAUGCGGCCAUCCAACUCAUCAACGAAGUACAAAACAAGGGCGCUGUGGUCAAGAAGGUGUUCGUGGACACUGUAGGCGACCCACGCUGGUAUCAGAGCUUCUUAACGAAACACUUCAACGGAACCAUCGAGUUCCGCGUCGAAAAGAAAGCCGACAGUCUUUUCAAGGUUGUGAGUGCGGCGAGUAUUGCCGCCAAGGUGACACGCGAUCGAGUGAUCAGCGACUGGAUGUGGGAGAGUCCAGCACUCGAACUGCCAACGGAUUUUGGCUCCGGGUAUCCCAGCGACCCAAACUGGGGAACUGUCGAGCCGUUCAAUGAGAAGGCUGUGAAGGUCGAGUGGCCACAUGACAAAGAUCUCGAGAAGUGUCUACAUCGCGGCGAGUUGUGGCAAUUCAGUGCGCAAUACGGUGGCUGGUUGGCCAUCAAGCUGCUGCUCUUCAGCCACGCGCUGGUAGUUGACCCGGACGCUGACACCGGGACACCUCGGCGGCGUCGUAACUCGCUCAAACUUUGGAUGGACUUGUGUCUGGUCAAGGACAUCAUCAAAGUGCACAAGGAGGCAACAGUUCGUCGCGGAAGCUACAGCCAAUCGCAUUGCGCGGCCAGAUUCAAAUUCACAGUAGAAACCAAGACACUGCAGCUCCAGUUCGCCACGGCCACAAUGGAACAAAGGGACGAGUGGCUGCACUGUCUGUCACUCGCUACCAAGCUGCACGCGACGCACGAGAUGAAAGAAGGCGCAGCAUUCCUGAGAUUCGCGUCCAGCGGGUCCGAAGACAGCGAUGAGGAGAAUCGCCUGUCCAGUCCGGUGUCUUGGUCCGAGGAGAAUGCGCUGCGAUCAGCACAGUUGCUGUCGCAAAGGCCUCGCCCAACAGCGACGCAGCCGCAAGCUGAGAAUGUGCGGAGUUCUGUGUCGCUCAUGAUCCUACGAAUCACAGCGAAAGAUGACAGUGGCUUCAGCGUGUCGACUAUUGUGCCAAUUAGCGAGGCUUCGCAACAAAGUGUGCGUGUUGGUCAAGUCAAAUUGGAUGCAAUUCGGCAGAUGAAAGCCGAUCUUCAUCGAGCAGAAAAUAAGGACAAACUCUCGACGCCUGGCCUUCUACAUACGCUCCGACGUGAUGCCGACAGCUUCGUGUUGCAUCUUGAUAUUGGCGAUCAAUGGCUUCAAGAUGAACAGCAGUCCAUUAGCCACUAUAUUCUGGGUUGCGCAAGUCGAAAAAUCGACCUCAAGUUGGUUCCAAUGAACAGAAUGCCACCGCCUACGCUUGACUUGGCAAUUGUCGGGACCAAAAACAAGAUCAGCGAUCUGUCCCAGCGCGCGUACACUUGCUACGUUAUCGACGUGGUUUUCAACGGCACGACAUGGCAACUCGCUCGGCGCUACAAGGAGUUCGACGCGUUGCACAAUCAGUUGAAGCGGAAAUAUCCCGGUACUACGUUGCCUGGUUUGCCGCCCAAACACGUCUUUACGCCGACGGAAGGCGUGUUCAUUAACCAUCGCAAAGGACAACUGGAAGCUUUUCUGAAGCAACUGCUACUGCACCCGAUUGCCAGCACCGACGUGUUGUUGAUGUCGUUUCUAGGUGUUGUGUCCACCUCGCGCGACCCCGAACUCGGCCACAGUGCAAAAAAUGUGAUACAUGUGACGUCACUGCAUGAUAGUGUCGCUGUUGGUGACAUUAUCAUGUUCUCGUGUCGAUUUGGAGCCAGUCGACUGCAACGCAAGUUUACUGGAUCAAAAUACGAUCAUGUUGGUAUCGUAGUACCAGGUGAGUCACGCUUUCUCUUACGUAUCAUGGAGGCAACGUCCGAGGGUAUCCAAGUGUACUCUUUAAAGCAACGACUUAUGGCGUAUGCACGUGAAGUGUCCAACACGAUAAUUGUGCGGAAAAUCGCAAGUGAACGCACUCCCGAGCUGACUGAAACACUGCGUGAGUUUGUCCGCUGUGUGGACGGCAAUCCCUACAGCAUCUUCGGGAUAUUACGUUCCACUGGAGAAUCGGACCGCAAUCUUUUCAACUCGCACUAG